CUGGGACCUCCCAUUCAACUUUCAACUCACUCCUCUCCGACACCGAAGCAAUUGGCGCACCCUGUAUCAAAGAGUCAGUGUGGGGUAAGGUUACAGUUCCAACCCACGACAACCGAUGAUGGCCACAAAUGGGUCCUGUCAUACUUCCCCGGAAGAACUAUGGCGGCAUUCCUCGCCCGAAAGCACCCAGAUCCACGAUUUCAUGCAAAAGUCGGCGAAAAAAUAUGACCUGCCUUUAAACAACUACCAAGAUCUGUGGCAGUGGAGCGUGUCCGAGCCGGCCCAAUUCUGGGAACACGUGUGGGAAUACACCGGCGUCAAGGCCCACGAACCCUACAACCGCGUCCUGGGAACGGACGACUCUCUCUUUCCGCGGCCGAACUUCUUCGAGGGCAGCAAGCUCAACUUCGCCGAAAAUCUACUCUACCCGACGAGUGCCCCCGAUGAGAAUGCCAUCGCCAUCAUUGGUGCUACGGAGGUGGGUCGCGAAUAUAUCUCCUGGAAAGAACUUCGUGAGCGGGUUCGUAAAUGCGCCAAUGCCCUGAAAGAGGCGGGUCUACAGGCAGAGGAUCGGGUCGCGGGGUUCCUCGGCAACCAUGCGAAUACGGUGGUUGCCAUGCUGGCAACAACGUCAAUCGGCGCGUUCUGGACCGGAGUCUCCCCAGAUACCGGGGUGCACGCGGUGCUUGAGCGCCUUCAGCAGAUCGAGCCGAAAAUCCUAUUUGCCGACAACGCCUCGAUAUACAAUGGAAAGGUACACGGAGCGAAUGCAAAGCUGGGGCUGAUUGCCCCGGAGAUACCGAAUCUGGAGCUGCUCGUUUUGUUCGAGACGGUUCCGUCCCACACCUUGAACCUAGAGGAGAUUCCGCUCGUCAAAGGAAAGGCUCUCACCUACGAUGCCUUCCUCGGCAAUGUCAGCAACUCCUCGGCCCCGCUGGAAUUUGGCAGCUUCAGUCCGGAGCACCCCGUUUAUAUCUUGUAUUCCUCCGGUACUACUGGUGCGCCGAAGCCCAUUGUGCAUGGGUCGCUGGGCACUCUGCUGCAGCACAAGAAAGAACAUGCACUCCAUUGCGAGAUUCGCCCGGGAGACCGCCUGUUCUACUUCACAACCGUCACCUGGAUGAUGUGGCACUGGCUGAUCUCCGGUCUGGCCACGGGCGCCACUAUCGUUCUCUACGACGGUUCGCCCUUCCGGCCGUUCGACUCCGAGGGAGGAAAUGGGGAGAUGGCGAUGCUGCGCCUAAUCGACGAACUGCAGAUUACCCACUUUGGCACUUCCGCCAAAUACCUUUCCGUGCUGGAGCAGGCAUCCCUGAACCCCCGCAGGCACCCCCACCGCCCGGUGGCCCUGCAAUCCUUGCAGGCGAUUUUCAGCACGGGAUCCCCCCUCGCUCCCUCGACCUUCGAGUACGUCUACUCGUCGAUCCACCCCGAUAUCAUGCUGGGCUCCAUCACGGGCGGCACCGAUAUAUUAUCGCUAUUCUGCGCCAGCUGUCCGAUUCUACCCGUCUACAAGGGCGAAAUUCAGUGUCGCUGCCUCGCGAUGGCAGUCAGCGCAUAUGACUAUGCAGGGAAGGACAUCAGCGCUUCCGACGAGCCCGGCGAUCUAGUCUGCACCAAGCCCUUCCCCGCCCAGCCCGUCAUGUUCUGGCCGCCGGGCCCGACCGGAGCAGACAAGUACCGCAAGAGCUACUUCGACGUGUUCGGCCCGUCGGUCUGGCACCACGGUGAUUUCGUGCGCAUCAACCCCGCCACAGGCGGCGUGACCAUGCUCGGCCGAAGCGACGGCGUCCUCAAACCCUCCGGCGUCCGCUUCGGCAGCGCAGAGAUCUACAACGUCCUCCUCAAGCAUUUCGCGGAGGAAGUCGAGGACUCUCUAUGCAUCGGGCGCCGGCGCGAAGGGCUCGACUCAGACGAGACGGUCGUCCUUUUCGUGAAGCUGGCCUCGUCGUGUGAAUCUCCGACCGGUAUGCCAGCCGACCUGGCUACCCGCAUCCAGACGAUGAUUCGCAAAGAGCUCAGUCCGCGCCACGUGCCUGGUGUCGUGGAUGCCUGCCCUGAGAUUCCGGUCACGUCUAAUGGGAAGAAGGUGGAGAAUGCUGUGAAGCAGAUCUUGUGUGGCCUUAAUAUUAAGAUCGGGGCUAGUGUUGCGAACGCUACUUGUCUUGACUGGUAUAGGAACUGGGCUGCGGAGCAUCCUUGAGUCGAGGAUUUCCUUAUAUCAACUGUACAUGUAUAGAUGGACUAAGGGUUGUAGAUAGACUUAGAUCUUAGAUAGAAU